AUGAGUACUGACUCUACAUCCAACAGUGCCCUCUUCAAUCCGGAGAACAACUGGUACUCCGUUUUGGACCUCAAGGGUGUGUUCUUCACUCUGCCCCUCGCACAGGAGUUGGUGACCUUUGAGGAUGUGGCUGUGAACUUCAGCAAUGAGGAGUGGACUUUGCUGAGUCCAUCCCAAAAGAAGCUCUACAGAGAUGUGAUGAUCGAAACCUUUAGGAACAUGACUCUGAUAGGUGGACUCGGGGAUAUCCAGGAAGCUGAAAAAGAAGACAAAAUUUACUGGAGCUACUUAAGUGUAAAGAAGUGUUCCUUGGUACUGCAGAAGUAUGGGAAAGCUUUUACAACACAUGCAUAUUGUCAAGUAAAUGAAGGUCUUCACUCUGGAGAAAAACGUUAUGAAUGUAAGCACUGUGAGAAAGCUUUCAAUACAUGUACUUAUUGUGUAAUUCAUGAAAAACUUCACACUGGGUGGAAAUUGCAUAUAUGUAAGAAAUGUGGGAAAGCUUUUAGCAGUAAAAUUCAUUUUCAAAUACAUGAAAAUGUUCAUACUGGAGAGAAACACUAUGUGUGUAAGCAAUGUGCAAAAGGUUUUAUCCAACCUGGAAAUUGUAAGGAACAAGAAAGAAUUCACACUGGAGAGAAACCAUAUGUAUGUAAGCAAUGUGGGAAACCUUUUAAAACACAGGGAGAUUGUAAGAAACAUGAAAGAAUACACACUGGAAAGAAACCAUAUGUAUGUAAACAAUGUGGGAAAGCUUUUAAAACACAGGGAGAUUGUAAGAAACAUGAAAGAAUUCACACUGGAGACAAACCAUAUGCAUGUAAGCAAUGUGGGAAAGCUUUUAACAGACGUGCAAACUGUAAGUUUCAUGAAAGAAUUCACACUGGAGAGAAACCCUAUGUAUGUAUGCAAUGUGGAAAAGGAUUCACUAGUUCUGGACAUUGUAAGAAACAUGAACGCAUUCACACUGGAGAGAAACCAUAUGUAUGUAAGCAAUGUGGGAAAGCUUUUAACACAUGGGGAGAUUGUAAGAAACAUGAAAGAAUUCACACUGGAGAGAAACCCUAUGUAUGUAAGCAAUGUGGAAAAGGAUUCACUAGUUCUGGACAUUGUAAGCGACAUGAACGCAUUCACACUGGAGAGAAACCCUAUGUAUGUAAGCAAUGUGGGAAAGCUUUUAACACACGUGCAAAUUGUAAGGUUCAUGAAAGAAUUCACACUGGAGAGAAACCAUAUGUGUGUAAGCAAUGUGGGAAAGCUUUUAACACACGUGCAAAUUGUAAGGUUCAUGAAAGAAUUCACACUGGAGAGAAACCAUAUGUAUGUAUGCAGUGUGGGAAAGCUUUUAACACAUGGGGAUACUGUAAGCAACAUGAAAGAAUUCACACUGGAGAGAAACCCUAUGUAUGUAAGCAAUGUGGAAAAGGAUUCACUAGUUCUGGACAUUGUAAGCGACAUGAACGCAUUCACACUGGAGAGAAACCCUAUGUAUGUAAGCAAUGUGGGAAAGCUUUUAACACACGUGCAAAUUGUAAGGUUCAUGAAAGAAUUCACACUGGAGAGAAACCAUAUGUGUGUAAGCAAUGUGGGAAAGCUUUUAACACAUGGGGAUACUGUAAGCAACAUGAAAGAAUUCACACUGGAGAGAAACCCUAUGUAUGUAAGCAAUGUGGAAAAGGAUUCACUAGUUCUGGACAUUGUAAGCGACAUGAACGCAUUCACACUGGAGAGAAACCCUAUGUAUGUAAGCAAUGUGGGAAAGCUUUUAACACACGUGCAAAUUGUAAGGUUCAUGAAAGAAUUCACACUGGAGAGAAACCAUAUGUGUGUAAGCAAUGUGGGAAAGCU